AUGCGUACGAUCCCAUUGACUGUGAUUGAGUCAGUGACGUGUAAGAAGAAUUGGCACACCAAAAUACAAAACAAAGAAAUUCGCGACAAGUGGCGCGCUGAGAUGACAGACAGUGCCAUUUCAACCGACAAUGCAAUGUCUGGGCCUAUCCAUCCGACUGUGCUGGAGUGGGCGUUUGAUGAGCUGCUGCAUUUGGCUGGUACUGUUUGUAAGGCUAAUGGCAUAGCACCGACCACUGCGCCGUAUGUCUAUCAGUCGGACAGUCUCAUCAGUGCGCACUUGUGCUCGCAGUUGAAGCAGUGUGUGCGUGCGUUGGAGAAUUUCACAGACGAUGCGUUGGAUUAUCACCCGGGCACAAAUAAACAGGUGCUUGACUUGAUCCAUCCGUCGCUGUUCUGUUUGAUCAGUAAUCUCUCGCGCGUAGUGCCAGAGCCGUUACCCUUCCGCCCACACAGUGCGUGGCUGCAGAUAUUGGGCAAAGGCGAAGUGUAUGAGAUUCCUAUGCCUGAUCAACGUGGCAGUGAGUAUGCCACGCACAGUGACACCUACCAAUGGCUGCCCAGCGAUAUCACUGUGGGUGCGGAUGGCCAGAGUGUGAGCUUUGAUAGCUACAUAAACAACCUGCACCCGUACGAGCACGAGGGCUUGUACACUUGUCUGGAGGCCAUUCUAGGCCGCUUCAUUCCCAUGUUUGAGCGCGUGCUGACAGACCUGCGCACUCCGUUGGCGCGACGCGAUGACGCGCCAGAAACGGAUGAGCUGUACGGCGAAUUCGUAUACGACGGCGACGGAGACAGCGAAGACGAACGCUAUGAUGAUUGGUACGAAAACAGAGUGCCCAAAAUCAAAGAGGAGAUGAAGAAGUUCGAUGCAACCAAACGCCACGCUGUGUCUGCAGAAACGCUCAGUCUGGCAGGCCGCAAACUGCAGGUGAUAGUGAAAAUGGCCAACGUCCGCCUAGAAGGCCCUGGUGCAGCAUUCGACGGGGGCCACUGGCACGUGGAAGGCAUGGAGAACGAACACAUUGUGAGCAUUGGCAUCUACUACUACGAUGUGCACCCAGGGUUGGGCGAGAGUCGCCUGCAUUUCCGUCAGCCCACCUGCGAGCCUGAAUAUGAACAGGGCGAUACCCAAGGAGUAGAGGCAGUGUAUGGGCUUGUUGACGAGGAAGCUCUGGUGCAGGAUGUGGGUGCAGUGACCACCAUGGAAGAUAGGUGCAUCGCAUUCCCCAAUGUGCUGCAACACAAGGUCCCCGGGUUCACCUGGAAAGAGGGAUACACGCCGAAUGAAGGAGAAGUGGGCGAGAGAAAGAUCUUGGUCUUCUUUCUUGUCGAUCCCACACAGCGCGUUAUCAGCACAGGUGUAGUGCCUCCCCAACAACGCGAAUGGAUGAGCAGCGCCAUGAAAGACAUGAGCGAGCUCACUCAACAUUUCCCACCGGAGAUCGUCGAGCAGAUUGGGAAUAAGCUGGAAUGGCCUUUAAGUUUAGCACAAGCCAAAGAGCAUAGAGAAAAACUCAUGCACGAGCGGAAAUACUUCACGGAUGCGAGCACUGAGCAGUACUUUGAACGACCAUUCUCACUGUGUGAGCACUAGGUUCAUAUAGAGUUCGAUUUUCCCUAUUAAAC